AAAUAAAUAAUAAAAGUCGCGAAACCUGCCCCCAGAACCCUCGGCCUCACCACAUUCCACCCCACCGCCGCCACCGCCGCCCCAAAAGCCUUUCCGCAUCUCUCUAACAUCACUGCACUUCCACCAGCGUUCGCCGCCACCAAACAUCGCCUCUUAUUGUUUUCUCCGACAACCACCAGGCCUUCAACCACAGGUUCCCGUCGUGGGGAGUGGAUGCAAAAUAUUUAGUUUCCCCCAAUUCGCGAAUAUCAAUGCGGGAAGAGAAAAUCAUCGGCGACGCGGCGGUGCCGGAAUUCUCAUUUAGCCUAGCUCGAGUGGCGGUAGCGCAGAUCUGUCAAUCGAUAGGCUACAAAGGAGCUGAGAGGCCGGCGCUCGAAUCCCUAACCGACAUCGCCACCAGAUAUUUGAAAGCGGUAGCCAAAUUGAGCGCGGAAUCCGCCAAUUCGAGCGGGCGCACCGAAUCAAACCUCUUCGACAUCGUCGCCGCGAUCGAAGACUUGACAUCGGUGCAAGGCUUCGACGGCGCGUGGAGAGUGAGAUCGCGAUCGUUGUGGAGGUCAGCCGUGAUUAGGGAUUUGAUGAAGCUGGUCAAGUACACGGACCAAACUCCGUUUGCUCAGCCGUUGCCGCCGAGGAGGAGUUGCUCCGAUAAAGAGAGAUUGUCGAAAUACAGGGAUGAGAGCGGGUGGUACAAUGAGGGGAGAUUGAAGCACGUGCCGCUGUGGUUGCCAGCGGUGGUGGAGCGGGGCGGUGGGGCGGAGGAGAGGGAAGGGGAAGUGAAGUGGGAGGAGAGUUUGGAAAGGGAAAAGGCGGCAAAUUUGGGGUGCAAUGAGAUGAAGAAGUUGAAAAGGGAAUGCAAUGGUGAAGGAGUGGAACAGGUGCGGGUGAAGAGAGGGAAAGUGAGAUUUAAAAUUGGUGAUUUUGGAAAUUUGAGGGUCAACUGUGAAAACAACGGUGGCGGUAGCGGCGGUGGCGGCGGACGAGGCGAGGGAGACUACGAUGGCUAUUAGAGCAUCAUCGCGUUUGUGUUGGUAGAUAGAAGAAACCCAGAUAUUGUUAGCCUUGCUGAAUUCAAGCUUAAUUCUUGAAGUUUAAUUCAACCCCAACGAAAAAAUAGGAUGUAACAAAAUUGCAUAUAACAUAUUGAUUGUUUGUUUUCUUAAUUAAUGCAGAUUUUGGUUGGGGAA